UGUGGGAGGGCAGGAGCGCAUGAAGGAGUUCCCAACGUUGGUUGCUCAGGAGUCCACAUUGGUGGGUCGAGGUUACCUGGAGGCUGCUGCUGACAUCAGGCUGUCAUCUGCAGGCUGGGUGGCUGUGACAGCGGUUGAAGGUGACCAGGUGCUGCUGAGGGUUCAUGGUCCAGAGGCGGCAGGUUUCACUCUGAGGGAGCCGCCACUGCUUCCACACAUUGUCUCUCUGAAGGGAGAACGUAUCCGGAAAAGUCCUGCCUACGAACUGAUGAAACCAGCAGGGAUGUUGGGGUCUAAAUGA